AUGAAGGUGGACAAGAAAGAGAGUGAAGGUCAACUAGCAGAGGGAGAGCAGAUUACAAUUCCCAAGAUCUUGGAGCUUGCCAAGAUACCCUCUUCAGUGGAGGCAACAACACCAAACUACCAUCAUGUGGUCAAAAUGGAUUUACCGAAUUGUGGCUUAUCCGAGCUCCCAAAGGAGUUUGCCACCACUUUUCCUCAAUUGUCCAUUUUAUUUUUGAGCAACAACCAAUUUCGGGAAAUGCCCAAAAUAAUUGGCGACUGUCCCAAACUCAAAAUGGUCGCGUUCCGUAGCAACGGCAUGACGUCCAUUCACCCGGAUGCCUUGCAGUCACAACUGCAAUGGUGCAUCUUGACGGAUAAUCAAUUGACCACGCUUCCCGAUUCGAUUGGCAGAUGCACCAAUUUGGAAAAGCUAAUGUUGACGGGAAACCAAAUCACCCAUCUCCCCGAUACCAUCCAACAGUGCACGAAACUGGUCAUGAUUCGAUUGGCAUCCAAUGCUUUGACCGAAAUGCCAUUGCCUCUCUUGCGCAUUCUGCGACGGGAUACAGCUUACAAUUCAGCUUUACAGCUUUACAAUUAG